GGGAGAAGGAACCUGACUGGGAGAGGGGGCCCGGGGCUCCGCAGGAGGGCAGACGCAGCUAGCAGCGGCUCCUCAGGAAGAAGGCUAAAAGCUCAAGGCGGGAUAGGAGUCCUUGGUGCGCAGAGGAUCGGCUGCCCAUCUAGCUUGACCGCCCAGGGCAGUCCUCGAAAACUGCCCAACCUUCCAGUGACAGCCACGUGGCUGCCUACCUGUGAGGUGCCUGAUGAUUCAGUGAGAAGCCCACCUGUGACUCUCCCAGGCAGCCAUGCCCAGCCCAGUCCCCAUGCUGCUAUUUAGUCUGCUCUUGGCAGGGAUGACUAGUGCCUUCCGGAUCUGUGCCUUCAAUGCCCAGCGGUUGACAGUUACCAAGGUGGCGAAGGUCCACAUCAUGGAAACUAUGGUUAAGAUCUUGGCUCGGUGUGACAUCACGGUGUUGCAAGAAGUGGUGGACACCUCAGGUGAUGCCAUUCCUUUGCUGCUCAGGGACCUCAACAGGUUUGAUGACUCUGGCCCCUAUAGCUUCCUGAGUAGUCCUCUGCUGGGACGCAGUACCUACAUGGAGAAAUACGUCUAUGUGUACCGAUCACACAAGACCCAGGUCCUGAAUGCCUAUGUGUACAAUGAUAAGAUGGAUGUCUUUGCCCGAGAGCCAUUUGUGGCCCAGUUCAGCCUGCCCAGCAAGGUGCUCCCCAAGCUGGCCCUGGUGCCAUUGCAUACAACCCCCAAGGAUGUGGCAACUGAGCUGGAUGCCCUGUAUUUCGUCUUCCUCAACGUCUCCCAGCAGUGGCAGAAUGAGAACGUGAUACUACUUGGGGACUUCAAUGCAGACUGCUCAUCACUGUCCAAGAAGCGUCAAGGGGAGCUGGUGCUCAGGACCAAGCCAGGCUUCCAUUGGGUGAUCCCUGAUGGGGAGGACACAACUGUGAGGGAUAGCACACACUGUACCUAUGACAGAAUUGUGGUUCAUGGAGAGCACUGCCAAGGGCUGGUGAAAUGGGCUGCUGCCUUCAAAUUUCCCCAAAGCUUCCAGUUGACUGAGGCUGAGGCUCUGAAUAUCAGUGACCACUAUCCUGUGGAGGUAGAGCUGAAUGGGUCCCCAGGUUGGCCCUUGGUCUACAUCCCUGUUAACCUUGCUAUGCUGCUGCUGCUGACUGGACUGGACUCUACACUGUGAAAACUUUGGCCUUUGCGACCCUGGCUUCCUCAUCUUGGGGACCUCUCCAGGGACUGACUUCUCUCUCCUUCUCCAUAUCCCCAAUGUCUAGAAUCAAAAGUGCCUUUUUCUUGACUCCAUCAGAGCCAGGACCCAGCUCACUCUCGCCCUUCUUCUCGCCUCCUUCGUGAGCACCUAAUCUUCUGCUUCCAUUCCCGCAAUAUAUUUAUUCAUUUUUGCUCCUGUGACUUGGAGGUCAGGGAGGGAGGUGGCUCUGGGACAAGGCCCCUUCCUUCUCCUGGCCUUUGGGGUCAUGGUCUCAUCCAUGAGACUGUAUUGACUGCAUGCAGGGGCUGUCCCAUACCUCCGUGAGUGUUGCCCUAAGAACUCUGCUGGCUGCCAGACCUGGUGGGCCAGGUGUUGACUCAGGAAACCAUGGGAUCCAACUACAAUGCACACUCCUAUAUCCCCUACUCAGAUCUGUUCCUUUUGGAGUAGAGGCCACAGUCUGAGAGUUGCCCACCCGUCUUGGCCUCAACUUCCCCACUAGGAAUUCGGUGGGGCCCAUCGCUGUCCCAUGGGCAACUGAAAGCUUCGGGGGGCUCUCAGGGAUGCUGCAUGACUGAAGUCCUCUGGACUAAAGAAACAGGGUCAUCAGUGCCUCACUGAACUCAAUUCCUUUGUCUCGAUUUCCUCAGCCCCCCUGUUUGCUAGGAGUCAGAGACUGGUGCCUAGCUCUCACCCCCUUGCCCCUCACACCUUUGCCAAAAUCCACCCCUGGCUUAUUCCUACCACCAGGCUCCUCCAACAUUGCUACUAUGCAGCUGGAAAAAACUGGAGGAAGUCAUUAAGAAACCAUGGGUCCCUACAAAUGAGGGGUUGUCAAAGCCUACCUCAGCCCUUGUUACCCAAUCGUUUUUACUCUUUCCUCUCUCUGUGUUGCCUUCUGGGGAAAUGACAGUCUCUUUCCUCCUCAAGUCUCCCGUAGCACCUUCUUCCAUGUCCCUGUAGCAGAGGACUUCACCCUAUACUUCAUUGAGGCCAUUUGCCAUGAACCCUCUUCUUCCUUUUGCUACAUCUCAAAACCCCUUGACAUCAUCCUCCAUCUUCUCCUUCACCUUUGCUUCAUAUGAAGAGGAGGCCCUGGCCAAGACAAACCCCUCCUUUUGCACCCUUGACCCCAUCUUCUUCUGUAUUCUCCAGUAGAUUGUCCCUCAUUCCCAACAAUCAUUCCUCCAUCCUUCAAUCUUCAAUCUCUCCCCACCUAUGGGCUCCUUCCUCUGUUGUCUACAAACAAGCCCAGGUGUCACCUCUCCUUCUCCUUUGACCCUUUUAUCCCCACAGCUCUUGAGCCCUUUCACAUCCGAAACCUAGAGCAAGCUGACCACACUCAAGCUGACCACGCUCAUUGCCUCCACUUCUGCUCCUCUCACUCAUUUGGUUUUGAAGUUUACAAACCAUUUUUUGUCUCUCAUUGGAGCCUUACAGCAACCCGGUGAGGUCAGUGCUCUAGCACGGGCUAUCUUUCAUCACCAUUCAACUUACCAAGAAACAAUGAUGCAAGGAAAUGAAGUCUCCCUGGCGAGAAGUGUCAUGGGUAGAAUAGGAACCCAGGUCUUUCUGACUCCAGGUUUAGGCCUCUGGCCAUUGUGCUAACAUCCCUUGACCUUGGACUUGGGAAGUUCUAGUUCUGGGUCAUUCAUUCUAGUUCCCACUCAUUCGUUGCUCACCAUUGCCCGGGCUCAUGCCUCUACUUGUCUGCUCUCACUUUUUAAGGAGCUCUCAUUCUUUUCAUGGCUAGAAAAAGCUGGCUCAACUCGUUGCCUCUACUUCUCCUUUUGCUCACUGCAAUAUGGUUUUUAACCUCAUCAUUUAACUGAAACUGCUCUCUCCAAAGUUCCCAACGAUCUCUUAAUUGCUAAAUCCAAGGGACUUUUCUCAGUCCUCAUCCUGGUCAACCUCUCUAGCAUUUGACACUGUUGACAAUCCAGCAUCUGUCACUUGACUACCUGUGUGACCUUGUACAGAUCACUUAAGCUCCCUGGACCUCAGUUUCUUUAUUUGUAAGAAGAGGAGGUUGGACUGAGUGAUCUACAAGGUCCCUUGCAGCUCUUAGUCUGUAAUCCUAUGAUCCGCCUCUUGGAUGCUUUCUUACCUCUGGGUUUUUAUGACACUGCUUGCCUGGUUCUCCUCCUAACCUAUCUAGCCACUCCUUCGCUGUCUCCCUUGCUAGGUCAUGAUCCACACCUGCCUCCUAACUAUGGGUGUACCCUAAGGUUCUAUCCUUCUUUCUUGUCUCUCUAUACCCUCUCUCUCAGUGACAAUCAGCUCUCCUGGGUUCAAUGAUCAUCUCUAUACAAAUGGCUCUCGGAUAUGUAAAUCCAGCCCUGGGCUCUUCAUCAUGAAGCCCUCCUCCAACUAUCACCUAAAACUCAAUCAAGCAAUAAACCAAGCAGCAUUUAGUAAGUGCCUACUCUGUCCUGGGUCCUCUUCUCUUCUUUUCUCUCUGUAUACUAUUUCAUUUGGUGAUUGCAUCAGCUCCCAUGAAUUCAAUGAUUAUCUCUAUAUAGAUAACUCUCAGAUCUGCUUGUCCAGCCCCAAUUUCUCUAAAUCUCCAAUCUUGGAUUUUCAACUGCCUUUUAGACAUUGAAAACUGGAUAAACUUAAUAUCCAAUCUAAUGCCAAAUCCUGGAGAUUUCACCUUUGCAAUAUCUCUCAAAUACGCCCCCUUCUCUCCUCAGACACUGCAGGCCCUCAUCACCUCACACCUGGACAAUUGCCAUCAUUCCAGGGCUGAGGGGGGAGGUUUGCCUGCCUCAAGUCUCUCCUCACUCCGGUUUAUCCUCCUCUCACCCAUCAAAGUGAUCUUCCUAAAGCUCAUUCAACAAACUCCAGUGGUUCUUCAUCACCUUCAAGAUCAAAUAUAAAACCCUCUGUUGUCAUGCAAAGCCCUUCAUCCCCUAUCCCCCUCCUACCUUCCCAGUCUUUUUAUACCUUAGCCCCCAACAUGUACUCUGAUCCAGUGACACUGACCACCUGGGUGUUCCUCAAACAAAACCCGUCAUCUUUCAGCUCUGGGGAUUUCUCUGGCUGGCUGGCCCCCAUGGCUGCAACUCUCUCCAUCCUCAGCUCUGCCUCCUGGCUUCCUUGGAAUCUCAGCUAAGCUCCCACUUCCUGCAGGAAGCCUUCCCCAGUCCUCCUCAUUCUUAGUGCCUUCCUUCUGUUGAUUUUCUCCAAUCUAGCCUGUCUGUAUCUUGUUCAUACAGUUAUUUUUGUGUUUCUCUCCGUUAGAUUGUGCGCUCUUUGAGGGAAGGGACUGGUUUCUGCCUUUCUUUUUUAUCCUCAGCUCUUGGCAGAGUGUCCAGCACAUGUUGUUCUGUUGUUUUUCAGUCGUGUCUGAUUCUUUGUGAGCCCUUUUGAGGUAUUCUUGGCAGAGAUACUGGAGUGGUUUGCCAUUUCCUUCUCCAGCUCAUUUUACAGAUGAGGAAACUGAGGCAAACAGGGUGAAGUGACUUGGCCAGGGUCACACAGCUAGUAUGCGUCUGAGGCCAGAUUUGAUCUCAGGAAGAGUCUUCUUGACUCCAGGCCUGGUGCCCUGUGGACUAUGGUGCCACCUAGCUGUCCCAUCUGGCACAUAGUAGGUGUUUAAUAAAUACUUUAUGACAGGCAUUGUGCUAAGUGCUGGGAAUACAAAAUAAGGCAAAAACAGUGCCUUGCCAUCAAGGAGCUCCCAUUCUAUUAGGGUAUAUAACAUGUAAAUAACUAGGGCCAUACAAGAUUGAUGCCGAGCAGAUGGGAGAUAAUGAACUAGCAGCUAAGGGUGCAGGGAGGGGACUGGAAAGAUCUCCUGCAAAAGGUCACAUGUGAGCUGAGUCUAGAAGGAAGCAAGGGCUUCUAUCAUCCCAGAUCAGGGAGGAGCUUGGGGAACAGAUCUAAAUUGCCUACUCCAGCAGGGGUGGACAGGAAUAAGGGUCACACGUCAGGACCUUUGAGGGGGUUUGGGACUAUACCAAAGGGAAAGGAGGAGAAGCUUGCUAGAGAAAGCUAUUUUCUUCUAUGUCAUCAGCUUCUAGAAUUUGCAAUAGCUGCUAGACCCUGGGCUCCUCUUGCCUCUGCUCUGCUGAUCUCAACUGUCUGGGCCUCCUGGCAUGGUAGAUUUGGAGAACACUGGUCGUGUCUUCCAGUCCUCCUUCAGUACCAACCCCUAGCAAAUGAUCUGCAUGAGGCAGCCUGACUGCUCCUACCCUAAGGUCAGCUGCUGUACACCAAAGGCAAUCUGCAGCCCCUGCUCUAAUGUCAGCUUGCCAAGCACCCAGAAGCCCAUCUAGCAAGUAGCAGUCCAUAAUCCCAAGGGGUCAUGGCAUCCCAAUGGUUGCCAAGAAGUCUCUCUCAAGGUCUUUGGAAGAAAAAGAGAAAGCCAGGUCUCUAAGCCCUUGCCUGGGACUCAUUAUUUCCCUGUCUUGCCUUGGUGGAAGAGGAGAUUGGUGUAGUUUUAUAUCACAAUGUCUCACCAUUUUGUUUUCCUUGUAGGAACAUCCAAGGCCUCUCUAUUCCCCACAAAUAGUAAAGCAGCA